CAGGCGGAUACAAAACGUGUGAAAAACUAUUACUCGCCCUCACUUGGCCUUGACUUUCAACGUUGUCGUUGCAGCGUGUGGCUUUUUUUAGCCAUGAAUAACCUUAAACUUGGAUUUGUCCUUAUUGUCAUAAUUCAGGCUACUCUCUUGAGUGCUGUCAAAGAUGGUUUAUGCCCAAGGGCAUCACCUUAUGGCCCCUGUGUCACCACCUGUGGGGCUGAUGAAGACUGUGAUGGUUCAAAAAAGUGUUGUAGUAAUGGUUGUGGUUCUUGGUGCCUUGAACCAAUGUGUCCAUCUGGUCAACAGCAUGUGGACUGCCCUGCCCAGCUAUGCAACUACGCUGGGUGCCCUGAUAAACCUCAAGAGAGUUUGAGAUGUGUGGUGGAAUCCUGUGGCAAGUGCAGUGUGAAGUUUAUAAACAAGACAACAGGACAAACUGUAAAUUGUGGUCCAGUGGAAACUUUGUGUAAGCGUAUGCUAGCUGCUACUCAUAAAAAGCCCCUUCUUCUUGGUCAGUAUGUACCUUCCUGUGAUGCAAAUGGACAUUUUAUCAGAGUUCAGUCCCACGAGGCAUAUUUCUUUUGUGUUGAUGACAGAGGAAUUCCUGAUUUUUCCACCAGAUCAAGAACUCAACCCAAAUGUCCAGAGUUAUCUCUGUGCCAAAAGAAGAGGAAAGAAGCUGAAAAACUUCCUCCAUUGGGUAGUUUUGUGCCACAGUGUAAGAGUGAUGGUUCAUUUAAGGAGAAACAGUGUCAUUCAUCAACUGGACAGUGCUGGUGUGUAGAUCAGAAUGGACAUGAAUGGAGUGGAACGCGAACAAGAGGAGACCUGGAUUGUACAACUUCUGUGUGCCCAGUGUCAGUUAGAGGGUUUGACUGUGAUCCAAUGCUGUGUAAUACAGCCUCAUGCCCCGCCCACAAAGAUGCUACCUGCAGGGUGAACACCUGUGGCAAAUGUGAAGUGGAGUUCCUUGAUAAAAAUGGCAGAAAGGUUGACUGUUUCUCCAAGUGCCAGAAUCAACGUCUGAAAGCCCUUGGUACUCACUCUCUGGAUGAAAAACCAGCUCACCCCAUUAUUGGACGGUUUGUACCACAGUGUGCGGAAGAUGGAAGCUAUGAGGAAGUACAGUGUUAUGGCUCCACUGGCUAUUGUUGGUGUGUUGAUGUUGUAGGAAACCCUGUGGUCGGAACCAUGAAUCGUGGCUUACCACAUUGUAACAAGACAGCUAUGGGAGUUUGCUCAGGGAAACCCAUGUUCACCUGCUUACGCAACUUCUGUCAGUGGUCUACAUGCCCUGCCCAUCCUGAGGCAAAAUGCCGUAUUAACCCCUGUGGUGGAUGCAAAGUUGAGUUUAUUGAUAAGAACAGCAAAGUGGUUGACUGUCAUGAAGGUCUCUCAAAGUGUAAACUGCAGGAAAAGAAAGCCUCAGCAUUCAGUGGCAGUGGCCUACAACCUGUUGGCAGGUUUGUACCAAAGUGUGAAGCAGAUGGUAGUUACUCCAAGAUUCAGUGUUGGUCAUCUACUGGAUACUGCUGGUGUGUGGACAAGAAUGGUACUGAGUUGCAAGGAACAAGAGUCAGAGGCAUGCCAGUCUGUCCUUCUCAGGGACGUUCAAAACGAUCUAUCAAGGAUGGCUUUUGUCCAAUUGUGAAACAGCCAAGAACUGGGGCAUGCUCAAACAAAUGUAGUUCAGAUAAUGAAUGCCAAGAAAUGCAAAAGUGCUGUAAUGUCUCAGGAUGUGGAUUAACCUGCCAAGAACCUUCUUUUACAACUUGUCCAAAUGGAAAACCUUUCUUGCUGUGUCUACACAUGUGUCAGUUUGCUAGAUGUCCUGCUUAUCCAAAAGCUACUUGCUUCUCUGAUCCAUGUAAGAUGUGCAAGGUUGAAUUUCAUGAUGAACAAGGAAAUAUUGUCAACUGCACUAAAGGUUUAACUCGGUGUCAAGCUCGGCAAAAAUUAUCAACUGGUAUGCUUGGAGAGUUUGUUCCCAAGUGCAAGAGUGAUGGAAGUUUUGAGCCAGUACAGUCCCAUGAAGGUUACUUCUGGUGUGUUGAUGCUGAUGGAAAGGAAGUGAAUGGGACAAGGAGACACUUCCAGAAACCAACAUGUCUCAGUCAACUGAAGAGUAGUCUAACAUUGUGCCAGUUACAGACGCUACAAAGUGGAGGGACUCCUAUGCCUGGUCGUUAUAUACCACAGUGCAAAGCUGAUGGCAGCUUUGAAGAAGUGCAAUGCCACCCUUCCACUGGUUACUGUUGGUGUGUUAACACACAGGGGUGGGAAAUCAAAGGAACUAAAGUGAGAGGAAGACCAACCUGCAGUAAAGUGUGUGCGCCUGUAGUGUGCAGAAUGUACUGUGAAUUUGGUUGGGCUCAGGGUCCAGAUGGCUGUGAUAUCUGUAAAUGCAAAGAGGUUCCCAUCAAGCCUGGUUUCUGUCCAGCGGUAGAGCCAGAUCAAGUUGCUACAUGCACAGAGAAAUGCAGCACUGACAAUGACUGUCUAGGAAAUCAAAAGUGCUGCUCCAAUGACUGUGGUCGUGUCUGUACUGCUCCAGAAUAUAAAGCUAAACCGGGGUAUUGCCCAGCAGUUGAUAUCCACCAUGUCGGUAUUUGUAAAAGUGAGUGCAGUUCAGACCGUGACUGCCAAGGAGAACAGAAGUGUUGCGGUAAUGGAUGUGGGCGUGUCUGUAGUGCACCUGUCCGAGAAGCUUGUCCCCGUGGUGCCCCUUUCAUUAUGUGUCACAACAACCCAUGUGAAAGAGCUAGCUGCCCUGCAAAUCCCAAAGCCAAAUGCCUUCCGGAUAACUGUGGCGGUUGCAACGCACAGUUCUUUGAUGACAACGACAAUAUUGUGGACUGUUUAGCGAGUGCGACCAAAUGCCAAAAGGAAUAUUUGGAUGCAACAGCAUCCCCCGGAAUGGUAGGCCAAUUUGUUCCAAAAUGUGCAGCUGACGGCUCAUACGCCCCAGUACAGUGUCAUGGCUCCAUCGGCUUCUGUUGGUGUGUAGAUAGAGAUGGAAAGGAACUCCCUAACACCAGAGUUCGGGGACAACCAAAGUGUGCGACCAAAUGCCAAAAGGAAUAUUUGGAUGCAACAGCAUCCCCCGGAAUGGUAGGCCAAUUUGUUCCAAAAUGUGCAGCUGACGGCUCAUACGCCCCAGUACAGUGUCAUGCCUCCAUCGGCUUCUGUUGGUGUGUAGAUAGAGAUGGAAAGGAACUCCCUAACACCAGAGUUCGGGGACAACCAAAGUGCUCUACGAAAUGUCAAAAGGAGAAUUUGAAUGCAACUCAAAACCCUCUCAUUGGCGGGUUUGUUCCAAAGUGCAAUGCUGACGGUUCAUAUGCCCCAGUACAGUGUCACGGCUCCAUAGGCUUCUGCUGGUGUGUUGAUAAAGAUGGAAAAGAGAUCCCUGACACCAGAAUCAGGGGACGACCAACGUGUGCCAUCACAUUCAGUAUCGGUCCUUCUUGUGAUGACGGCAAAACAUGGCAGCUUUGCGGUGAUACUUGUAAGAAUGCUUCUUGUACCAGCAAUCCUGACGCCAACUGUGUAGCCCCGAUGGGAGGCUGUGGCCCUGAUGCUUGCAAACCCAAGUUCUACAACAGAAUGGGCAAGGAGGCGCAAUGUCUCACAGAAUGCCAACAGAAAGCUUAUCAAGCCACCCACCCCGCGCUGGUAGGAGCCUUCAUACCCCAGUGCAAUGCAGAUGGUAGCUAUGCGCUUGUGCAGUGCUGGGGCUCUACUGGAUAUUGUUGGUGCGCGUCAGAGGACGGAUCCGAGUGGCCUGGAACUAGAGUAAGGGGAAAACCCAACUGUGACGCCAACAAAGGUCCACAACUUUUGAGCGUCCAUGUUGGACUUACCUUCAACUACAGCCUAGGUUUAGUGAAGGAUGUUUUGGGUCAAUUUAAAGAAUCAGUCAAGACACAGAUGAUAACAAUGUUUUCAUUAAAGGAAAAUCAACUACAUGGCCUUGAGGUGCAAGAGGGAAGUAUUUUAGUUGGAUUUAGCGUUGAACCAGCCAGCGGGGGAAAAGACCUGAGAGACUUUGCAGAUGAAAUAACUGAAAAGGCUCGCAAUCACGAACUGGUCAUUGAAUUCAGCGGUAUCACCUUUGUAGCUGAACCCGAAGUUAUGUUAGCGUCGCCCAUGUAUGUGGAAGAAAAAACUGUUUCCAAAAAACAAGAGGAAACCGCAAGCAGCAGUGUGUCUGUUACUAGUGUUGCAUUCAUAUCUGUCUUCUGCACCUUAGCUGUAGUUGCUGUAGCUCUUGUAGCGUUUAAGUUAAUUCAAAAAAAACGGAGAAGCUCCGGUCUGGAGGAGAGGCGGUACCUUUUGAAUUAAACCUGAGGUGCCCCUCAUCCUUACCUCUAGGCCAACUUUGUUUACAAAGAUGGAGGCGCUGAGAUGAACACCGCACUCUCAGAUGCCUGAAUUUUGGACUCGACUCUGAACCGGAUGUGUCUCAACUGCUGAUUAUUUUUGUACAACGUAAAGAUCUACCUUCUCCAAGGAGGUUGGUUACAACGUUGCGUAGGGGUUUGAUGAAAUUUCGGUCAUAAACGUGUUUGUGAUUGCGUGACACUACAAGUCCAUACCCAAGGUUCUGGGAAAAAUCAAGGAUGACGAAAAUACUCUUUCGUUCUUGAUCAGUACAUUGGAAUUUUACUUGAAAAAACAUUUUUUUGUACUAAAUUAAUUCGAAGAAAUGAUAAGAUAUAUUUUUUACAACAAAUAAAUAACGAACAUUUUA